AUGGAAAAGUUCCUUCCAUGCCUAAAAAGUGAAGAUCGGCGUAUGAGCUCUUCAACCCGGCGUCUCUUCGAGAAGAAGAUCUCGGAGGAAGUCAUCGCGACGCAUUUCCAGAGCAUUGUUCCGCCGCUUCUGUCCGACCCAGUUCUGCAGUCGUGGUCCUUUGGCUUUUUGCAAUCCAAGAUUUCUGCAAAUCACCUUGCUGCGAAUAUUGGCCCUAUCAUUGUUUGCUUGGCAGAUCAAAGUUGGAGGGUGAAGCAGCGUGCACUGGUUUUCAUGCAGGAGCAACUACCAACUGAAUUGACGGCAGAUCAUGUGAACCACUUUGUCGCAAUUGUUAAACGCAAUGCUUGGGAGGUUGGACGCUGGAUUCUGGAUCUCUUGAAGCAGCGCAUGCCAAACAGUCUUUGGGAACACGUGCUUCCGUACCUCAGCGAUCCAAGAUGGGAGAUCCAGCAGCAAGCACAAGACCUCCUGGAGGAGAAGUUGCCAAUUGAGUUAAUGGCCGAUCAGAUGGACAAGUUUGUCCCGUGGCUGACAAGUGCAGAUCCGCGGCUGAGCUCUUCAAUGCGACGUUUCUUCGAGAAGAAGCUCUCGGAGGAAGCUCUCGCCCAAUAUGUCCAGCAAAUAUUUCCGCCGCUUCUGACUGACCCAGUUCUGCAAUCGUGGUCCUUUGGCUUUCUGAGAACCAAGAUUCCAGCCAACCAUCUCACUGCAAAUGCUGCACUGAUCAUUGAGGGCGUGGCAGGCCAAUGUAAAGACUGGAGAGUGAAGCAGCAGGCAUUGCUUUUCAUGCAGGAGCAGCUUCCAAGCAAGUUGGAGGCAGGUCAUGUCAACCACAUGGUUGCAAUCUUGUCGAACAGUGCUUGGGAAGUCAGGCAAUGGAUUUUGGCUGUGUUCAGGGAUCGCAUGCCCAAGAGUCUGCUCGCUCAGCAUUGGGAAAAAGUGCUUCAACUGCUCUUCGACCCGAAAUGCGAAGUCCGGCAGCAAGCCCGGAAUCUCUUGGCGGAGAAGAUGCCAAGUGAGCAGAUUGCUCAGCACAUGGAAAGGUUCCUACCCUUAUUGAAAAGCACAGAUGAGUGGGUGAAGUCUGCCACCCAGCAUUUCUUCGAGAAGAAGAUCUCGGAAGAAGAUCUCGCUCAGUACUUCCAGAAGGUGGUGCCGCCACUUCUCGCCGACUCGGAGCUGCGGUCGUGGUCGUUCGGUGUUCUUACCGGCAGAAUUUCAGCGAAGGAUCUUGCAGAGCUCAUUGAUUGGAUUGCAUUCUUGGCAAUUGAGGAGCAGUCGUGGGAAAGACAGGAGUCGGCGUUGAAGUUCAUGAGGGGGCAGUUGCCGGCAAAACUCAAAGCAGCGCAUGUCGGGAAGAUUGCAGCUCUCCUGGCGAGUUCGGAGUGCAGGGUGAAGACGUGGACUUUGGCUCUUCUGCAUGAGAGGAUGCCCAGCCAGCUGCUAUCUGUGCUGAUCUCUGAGCAUGGUGAGAUCCUGUGGCCGCUCUUUGAGAUUGAAGACCCUACAGUGACGGCUGAAGCAUCAACCUUUGUAUUGCAACACGGCCUCGGUCUCGCAAGAGAACAGCUUGCGGAGCAUUCCCGGCAGUUUGCGUCCCUGCUUCUCAAGACAGGCCACCUGGACAACUUCGAGCACAUCUUCCCGGAUCUUCUCAAGAGGAUCUGCCCGCAGCACGAACUGGCUGAGCUCUUGCGCAACCUGCCAGUAUCAAGCUUGUUCGUGGCCAGGAGCAGCGAGGACCUCGUCAGAUGGCGAGAUGGAAACGGCAACACCUGGCUGCACCUGGCAGCAGCAGCAGGGCACCUGGAGGCUUGCGAGGCUUUGGUGGACCAGGUUGGCCUCCCCUUGCGCGAGAAGAACGAAGCUGGCGACGAACCGCUGGCCCUCGCGGCGAAUCGCCAAGUGGAUCGGUUCCUGAGGAGCAGGAUGCACUUCCGGGAGACCCGCUUCGGCUACGGGAAUGCCUUCGAGGAGAUGAUGCAGGACGACAGGCCGGUGUCUGAGGUGACCUGGUACACGGUGCCUCUCCCUGGCAUGGCCGGCAACUUGGGAGGCCUUCACUCCUUCCUCCUCGUCACUGUGGUUGACAAGGAUCAGAGAGCGAAGAGCUACGUGCUGGAGAAGGCCGGGUCCCGUGGAAGGGAGGCGCAUCAGAAGCAUGGCAUCUUCAUCGGGAGCCAAGAUCUGGGCAGCAAUUUGAAGAGCGUCCAUGGUCUACAGAUGCACCAGCAACUUAAGCUCAGCAACGGAAGCCUGCAGACGGGGCAUAAAAUGAAAGGCCUUUAUGAGGUGGCCCACAGCACGGGCCCGUAUGAUCUUGCAGCGUCGAACUGCCAUCACGCUGCCCAGACAGCUUUCAACCACUGCUGUGCCAGAGAGGAAGACAAGGAGCUGCGGCCACCAAACGAGUUGUUGGCAAAGUUGGGGGCCGCAUUUCAGCUGGGUGGUCUGUUCCACUCAGCCAGCUCUGGCCAUUCAACGAGUUUCUGCUCAGAAGGCUCGGGUUCCGACGUUGCUUCGGCGAAUUCGGAAGUGGCCUCCAGCAGCCACCCUGCUGGUUCCCCGAGCGGCUUUUCGCGGUCCGUUGAUCUCCGCCCCGACGGCUUGGCUGAAGUUGCCGCUGCGCUGAGCCAUGCUGUGUACGAGGAGGAUGCUGCGGCAAUCUUGAAGCCACUGGAGACUAAAGCGGUCUCCAUCCGCAACAAGCUGGAGAGACCGGUGUAUGUGUACAACCACAGCACCCAGGAAAGCCACAGAGUGGAAGCUGAAGCAUUUCUCAAUCUUGUGGGAUGCAAUGUCGAGAAAGUUUUCGUGGACAUAUAUGCAGUUGCGUGGACUCCGGGGCUGAAGGCUCACCGGCGUCUGGCCCAAAAGCGAUCCGUGUGGAUGGGCCAUGCCUACACUAUGGCGACGGACUUCCGGGAUGAGGUCGUGCUGCGGGAGGUGGUCUCGUCUAACGUGCUGUAUACUACGAAGAAGAGCCGAUGCACCAGUCCAGCGCAGUGGCUGCUGGCCAGAUCGGGCUCCGCGAUUUACGUUGCCUUCCAGGGGACAAGCGAUCUGCAGGAUGCUGCCAUUGACCUAGCUGCUGUGCCGGACUACACAAGGUUCGAAGAGCAUGGCAUCGGCGUGCACAGUGGGAUUGCCCACGCCUUGGAGCAGAGGGGCGAUGGAGUUUGUCACGUGGUGACCGACGUUCUGCAGGCUUUGGAGCAGCACCGUCAACCUGGAGAGCGGCUCGUUCUCUGCGGCCAUUCGCUCGGUGGAGGCUACGCGCAGGUGAUGGCCGUCCACUUAUUGAGUCGGAACGUGGAGGUCGCGGCCGUCCGAACUUUCGGCGCGCCCCACGUCCUGGUGCCUCCUCCUGACCAGGAAGAUUCUGCAAGACUGUGGCAGAAAUUGAGUUCGAUUACCCAGCAUUGGGUGCACGACUGGGACCCAGUUCCCAGGCUGCCCCUUUGUAAGGCUUGGCUCACGGACGUCCUGCCGAAUCUGAAACUGGAGGUCGUCAGAGGAGUCAGAGUUGGGGUUGCCCAGAAGUAUGUCGAGAAAUUGAAACUCAACUACGAUGAGACCCGUGCUCCCGUGUUGGAGUCGUACGAUGUCGUGGGCGAUUUGCUGCUGGUGAGCAAGGAUACAACUUCGGCCCUCCGCGCGAGAGAGGGCGCAGCACCACUGAAAGAGUUGCUCAGCGAGAAGCCUCCUCAGGCGGUUAUGACUUCCAGCAAGCUCCUUGCCUACCACAACAUCGCGGACUACUUGCAGCUUGCUCGGAUGCUGACGACCUCAUAA